AUGCACCCGCCGACGCUUCGGACGGUCGGCAGCUUCUGCGCGAGACGGAGUUAUCAAAUCAGGAAAUGCUCGUCCGGCGCCGCUUAUGUCGAAAAGGUGAAGCUCCUCGAUUAUUGGAAGCUUCAGGACAGCGCCUUGCAGAGGUUUGUGAGUUCACGUGAAUUUUUAUCCAUUUCUUUUCAGGUUUUCAUAGCUUUUACUUAUUUUUUUAUGCCUUUCAACAGAAAAUUUUUGAACACGGCAUGUGCGAGAGCGCCGGAGUGCAUGCACACGACACACUACACUUUACGGAAGAAAUAUGAGUGGGCGUCGUCAAAAAACGCCGUGUUUCGAUCUUUUUCAGUAAAUUCCGAACAAAGGUCUUUUGGGAGGAGGAUACGGUAGCUGCUUGUAUCCUUCUCCUGAUUGACUUUUGCUUUGCUUCGCGGAAAAAGAAAUGAGUGGAUUUUUGUUGAUCGAUUAAAAUAGCAAUAUAUUUUUCUUUCAUUACGAAACUCAAGAAUUUUUCAAUUUCCAGCGAAUUUCCUCGAUCACGGCUCCUCCUAAUGGUCGAUAAACGGGUGCUCGUUCAGAAAGUCGAUGGAGACAUUAAAAUGAUUGAAAACGGCGUCAGCGGUAAUUCUGAAAUGGAAAAAAUUACCUUUCUCCUUAGAGUUGAGAAAGAAACUUGGCGACUACGGACUUAUUUUCGACCAGUCCCAUUCUUGUCUUCUCGACGCCGUUCCUGGACCUCAGAAUGAUCUUGUAAUUUUUGAGGAAGAUUAUUUUGAACAAAUAAUAUCCUAAUUGUGUACAUUUCACUCAUCUCAAUGCGUUGUUCACAGUAUAAAUUUAAAAAUAACCUCCGAAAAGUGAAAAAAUGAGAGCAAGAGCAAGAGAUAAAUUUGAUCAUUUGGAGCACGGCCAUUUCUAUUUUUUUUUUAAAAGUUUUUGCUAGAAUUCCUUUCAGUAUAUAUAAAAAUGUAUCAAAAAAAGAGAUAAGUAUAUAAAUUUCCAGAUUCCCUUAUUCGGAACCUCGAUCGACGCCGCUGAAAUGCCGGAUGAUAGUCCGAUCAGCAAGACGGAUAUCUUAGGGGAGCUUGGCGGAAGUCUUGGAGGUUGCCAUCUUUGAUAUUUCUGAUUAAAAACCAAAUCAUGACGUGAAAAAUCCCAUUUUUGAAAUUUUCGCUUUAAAGUGAUUCCGUAAAACACGCGAAAUUGACCUUUUGGGAGCAUUGAGAAAAGUUUGGGCCCUACAAUGAGUUAGCGACUUUUGCUCGCAAAACUCUAAAUUUGAAAUUCUUUGGGAAUUUUUCAGGCAAAAUUCUGAACUAUUGGGUCAGAAUCGCAAUCUCGUUGUAGGACCCAAUUUUUCUAACGUCUCACAAAAUUUCAAAUUUGCAUAUUCCGCGGCGCGAAAAAAACUUUUAAACAUACGAAAAAAGUAUAUGAAUUGAAAAAAACAAAAAAAAUUAUAUACAGGAAAGUUCACGAGCUUACGAACGGCCAUGUUGGCGAUGAAUGAUGAGCGCCAGCGGCUUUUGUUGGCCAAGGUUUAUUUUUUUCAUUGGCUCGGGUCAGUUAGAUAUAAUUUCGAAGCAAAAAUCGGUCAAUUCCAGAAUUUCACGCAGCGUAAACUAAUUUUUAAAAAGAAAUAUUCUUAUGGUCUCAAAUUCAUUUACGCUGCGUACACUUUAAAACUGAAAAAAAAGAAAGCAAUUUCAGUUUCAAUCACUUUCCCGCUGGUCCAGCAUCUACCGUCGUUGUCCGAAAUGCGCGGCGGCGUUGAAAAUGCGAGUCAGUAAAAGUGGAGCCGAGUGUGUCACUUGUCAACGGGUCUACUAUCCUACUGUGAGCAUCCCAAAUCGAUAUGAUCAAUUUAAAACACAAAUAGAAAGUUAAAAGCGUAGUUGAUCAAGUUGAAAUCGUGGUCUUACGGCUUUUAGCCUCGUUGAUUUGCGCUUAGUGUAUUUAGUUGCGCCUUUAGGAGCUUAAAAUCUAGCGGAAUUUGUGCUGGAGCCCGGAGCAUACAUUAGCUGGAUCCCACCUUCACUGAAAUCGGGGGGGUGGGGGAUCUUGUAUGGCUAGGAGACCGUUCUCUAGGUGGAAUCCUGGAAAUGACCACCACAGAAGAAUGAAGACUUAACACGAAUCUCUGAAAAAGAGACAUCACUUCAAGCACGUCAAUUUCAUCAUCUUUCAGCUAUCCCCAGUAGCAAUCACGAUCGUGACCGACGAGAGCAACGAGAACUGCUUGUUGGUUCGACACCGCGGCUCGGCCAACGGCGUUUUCACUGUCGUCGCCGGCUUCGCUCAUGUUCGUCCAGAAUGUCAUUCUUGAAAAACAACAAGGCGACAGACCGGAGAAUCGCUGGCCGAAUGCGCGCGACGGGAAAUCGCCGAAGAAGUCGGCAUCUUCGCCCACUUGGUCCAGCAGCUGAACAUGUCGCAGCCGUGGCCCAUGCCGGACAGCUCCAUGAUGGUGGCUCAUCGUGCGGUAGCUGAUCGCAAUCAAGAGGUCGCUUUUCAUUGGAUGGAGACAUCCAAUAAUGGGUCCUGCAAAGAAUUAUGAAAAAAAGAAAGAAACAUUGACUGGUUGGUGGAGAGUGCAGACAGUGAGUCGAUUCGCCACGACUUUAGACAGUCUAACCGUCAUAGAAACUUGAAAAGAGUGUUUAGAAGUGGGAGAGUAUCAUAGAAAAGGAGGGUACCUAGAAAUCCGGAGGGCUAUAGUGCUUCAUUUUAGGUAGUCGUGUGUCCUGACGAGCUCGAGACGGCCCAAUGGUUCUCCAGGGACCAAGUCCGCAAAGCCUUGGAAACGACCGUCGCUGACCCGUUUUUGAAGGUCCGUUCUGCAUGAGGGUGUGUGGGGAUUCAAGGGAAAGCUGACCUUUGCUUCAUUUCGAAAUAAAAAUAUAGGUUUUAAUAGAGCAAAGACGGCCUGAAGAGACGCUUCGAAGUCUCUGGCGUCUCUUCAGACCUUUGUUGUUUCUUGGAUACCCGACUAGUUAGAGAUCAACGACAGCUAUAAGAGACGCCAGAGAAGCAGGAAUAUCUUCUUCUCUGGCCUUUCUUCGAGCCGAGGGUCUUAUCUCACUUUUCAAAAUGCUUUGGCUCAUUUUAUAUUUACUCACAAUGCUUAAGAUGCUUAUACAGCUUUUUCAAAUUUCACAUUUCUACUGUCUAUUUCCGAUUGAAGGGCCUGCCCCGAACGCUGGACGACCGACAACGUCUCCACUACAUACCCCCACGAGGUGCCAUCGCACACGCCAUAAUACGGGACUGGGUUCAAGGAAAAUUCUGA